CUGGUAAGCGUGGCACCGCCUCUCCACGCACGCACACGGAGCCGCGCGUCAACUGCGCAUUUAACGGCGGAACUGACCGGCUUGUGAUUGGGAGUCAAGCGGACCCUGUGUGCGUGUUCACCCGCAUUGACAUGGCGUACAGGGCGACGUGAGUGUGCAAUAUCCUACCAGCGCCACGGUCGCAAUCCACGCGAAGACGACGACGACAUGAUACCGAUGCUCAUGAUGAUGAAGGUGAUGGCGGCGUCCGGGCAGGAGGACGCCGCCGGGCUGGAGGAUCUCGCCACGGAGAAGGAAGCAGAGGAGAGCCACCGGCAGGACAGCGUCAAUCUGCUGACCUUCAUCCUGCUGCUCACCCUCACCAUCCUCACCAUAUGGCUCUUCAAACACCGGCGCGUACGCUUCCUUCACGAAACCGGCCUGGCGAUGAUUUAUGGCCUGCUGGUGGGGGUCAUCCUGCGUUACGGCAACCCCGCCACCAGCCACCACAACAGGAGCCCGCCCAGCUGCUCGCUGGCCAAGGGGCCGGCAAGAAGCAGCCUACUGCUCAACAUCAGCGGCAAGUUCUUCGAGUACACGCUCAAAGGGGAGAUCGACUCCCGCGAUAUUCACAAUGUGGAGCAGAACGACAUGCUGCGCAAGGUUACUUUCGACCCGGAAGUCUUCUUCAACAUCUUGCUGCCUCCCAUCAUUUUCCACGCUGGCUACAGCCUGAAGAAGAAACACUUCUUCCGGAAUCUGGGCUCCAUUCUCACCUACGCAUUUCUGGGCACGGCCGUGUCGUGUUUCGUGAUCGGGAAUCUAAUGUACGGCGUGGUCAAACUGAUGCAAGUGGUCGGCCAGCUGAGCGACAAAUUCUAUUACACCGACUGUCUUUUCUUUGGUGCCAUCAUCUCCGCUACCGACCCAGUGACGGUGUUGGCCAUCUUCAACGAGCUCCACGCGGACGGCGACCUGUACGCUCUGCUGUUUGGCGAGAGUGUCAUGAACGACGCCGUGGCCAUCGUGCUGUCAUCCUCCAUCAUGGCCUACCAGCCCCGAGGCGCCAACACGCACAUGUUUGACGCCUCGGCCUUCUUCAAGUCCGUGGGGGUUUUCCUGGGAAUUUUCAGCGGUUCCUUCAUGAUGGGCGCCGCCACUGGGGUGGUCACUGCUCUCGUGACCAAGUUCACCAAGCUGCACUGCUUCCCUUUGCUGGAGACGGGCCUCUUCUUCCUCAUGUCCUGGAGCACCUUCCUGCUGGCAGAGGCCUGCGGAUUUACGGGGGUGGUGUCCGUGCUGUUCUGCGGCAUCACACAGGCUCACUACACCUACAACAAUCUCUCCGUAGAGUCCACCAAGCGUACAAAGCAGCUCUUCGAGGUGCUUCACUUCCUGGCUGAGAACUUCAUCUUCUCCUACAUGGGCUUGGCUCUGUUCACCUUCCAGAACCACAUCUUCAGCCCCAUCUUCAUCACGGGCGCUUUUGUUGCCAUCUUCCUGGGACGAGCCUUGAACAUCUACCCGCUCUCCUUCCUGCUCAACCUGGGCCGCAGACACAAGAUCAAAGGAAACUUCCAGCACAUGAUGAUGUUUGCCGGACUGCGAGGGGCAAUGGCGUUUGCCUUGGCCAUCCGCGACACGGCCACGUACGCCCGGCAGAUGAUCUUCACCACCACGCUGCUCAUCGUCUUCUUCACCGUGUGGGUUUUCGGAGGCGGGACCACGCCCAUGUUGUCUUGGCUGCACAUCAGAUCGGGUGGUCAAACAUGGGAGCGGCGUAGACACGGCAAGUGGGAGUAUAUCAGGGUGGGAGUGGAUCCAGAUCAAGACCCACAACCUAGUGCAGACACCUUCCAGGUCCUACAAGGGGAUGCCCCCCGGGCUGAAGGGCAGAGCAAAACCAAACAAGAGAGUGCCUGGCUCUUCAGGAUGUGGUACACCUUCGAUCACAACUACUUGAAACCCAUCCUGACGCACAGCGGCCCCCCGCUCGCUUCCACGCUGCCCGGCUACUGCGGACCCCUGGCCAGCUGCCUGACCAGCCCUCGCGCCUACGAGAACCAGGAGCAGCUGAGAGACCCCGACCGCUCCGACGGCGACCUCUCCUUCACGUUCGGCGACGCGGCCAUCGCCACCAACGGGCUAUCGGGUGACUGCUGCGGCGGCACGACGGGGUGGAACUCCAACGGAAAACGCGGCGGCAGCACCUCCGAGGAAGCUCUGGAGCGCGAGCUGGACUCCCGAGAGCAGGAGCUGCUUAGCCGAGGUACCCGCUUGGUUUUCCCCAUCGAGGAUCCCAUCUGAUGCGCACUCCAUUUUGACUCCCUGGAUAUGUUCGAUUUUUUUUUUUUUCCUCCGAUCAGCCAAAUUACGGCAUAUAUUAAAACACUAUUCACAUUUAUGACCUCCGCCAAGGAACUUGUUUUCCAUCAUCAGUAUUGGGUUUCCCCGGAAUGGGACAGAUUGAACGACUUCAACGCUGAUCAUUUUUGAAGCGUCUAUUACCACCACCACCAAGGAGCUUGUCUUUUUCUCAAAACAAAAGACAAACCCAAAAGUGAUGGGUUCGUCUUCGGUUUGUUUGUUUGCAAGUCUCAGCGAACUUAAGCCAAAAACUCAUACGAUGAAAGAUCAUCACUAUUGAUAAUUAUUGACUCCACCGAGGAGAUUGUGUUGUCAUCAGUGGGCAUUUUUGUCUGAUGAGGUCUGUAAUUUCGCAACUUUAAUGAUUCUUGAUUAUUAUUUAUUACCUAUGCCAAGGGGGUGGCCCGGCGGUCCAGUGGUUAGUGCGUCGACCUCACAGUGCAGAGGUCAUGGGUUCAAUUCCAGCUCUGGCCUCCCUGUGUGGAGCUUGCAUGUUCUCCCCGGGCCUGCGUGGGUCUUCUCCGGGUACUUUGGGUUUUCUCCCUCAUUCCAAAAACAUGCAUGGCAGACUGAUUGGACACUCUAAAUUGGUGCGAGCGUGAAUGCAGAUGGCUGCGAUUGGCUGGCAAACAGUUCAGGGUGUCCCCCCGCCUACUGCCCGAAGAUGGCUGGGAUAGGCUCCAGCACCCCCCCGCAGCCCCUGUGAGGAUAAGCGGAUUGAAAAAUGGAAGGAUUGAUGCCUGGACCUCUGCCAAGGAGCCAAUCUUUUCUUCAUCAACAUUGUCAUUUUUUUUUAACCUCUUGGAUAUUUUAUUUUCAUCCAAUAGGACCAAGUAUGACUUGACAUACAAUGGGUCCAACAUUUAGCAUUUUCGUUUGCAUUCAUUAUCUCCCGUCAAGGUAAUAUAUGUAUUUUUUUUUUCAUCAGUGGCCAAAUAUGAAGUAAUUUAAGACAAUAAUUCAGUAGAUAAAAGAUUAUUUUUAUAAAUAUGAUUCCUGCCAAGGAGCUUUCUAUUCCAACAUCAGCCUUGAGAUAGUCUUGGAGUUUUUUUCAAUUUGUUUUUUUUUCUUUUUGGUCCAAGUUGGCCAAAGAUGACCUCCGUCCAUCAUUUUGCAAUUUCAACAUAUUGUUACCAUUCACCUUCCUUCAAGGAGCUUGUAUUUCCCUCUUGGGCGCUGGGUUGACCUGUCUCUUUUUUUUUUUUCCAACAGGUCAAAAACGACUUGGCAUCAGCAUGUAAUUUAGCAACCUGUACAAUUAUUGUUCUUAACAUUUAUUACCUCCGCUAUGGAGCCAUUUUUUUUAAUCAACACCAGGUUGUCCUUAUAAUUCUUGCUUCUUUUCAACUUGCUGCCAAUCUUUUUUUUUUCCAUCCAACGCCACCACAUAUGACUUGAUAUAUUUUUGUAUAUGAUUAACUUUGACAAUGAUUGAUUUUAGCAUUCAUUACCUUCACCGUGGAGCUUGUGUGUCCAACAGCAUCUUUUUUUUUUCCUGAGUAAAUUCCUGUACACUUUUGUGUCCCAUGUGGCCAAAUACGACAUAACCCAAGACAAUAAUUUAGCAAACGAAAGAUUAACAGAUGACAUCCGCUAAGAAACUUCAUUUGCAUAUUCCUCCUGGAUACAUUUUUUUGUCCAAUGUGGUCAAUUAUAACUUCUCCUAAGACCAUAUUUCACUUAUACCUCCCCCAAGGAAGUGGAAUCACCAUUCAUUAAAAAAAAAAAAGUUUCUUCUUCUUCUUCCUAUUAUUUCAUCUGACUGGAAUAAACCGUGCCAAAGUGGAACCGUUAAGGUCAAACGUAAUCCAUUCUGUGAUAAAACCAAUACAGUAAAACGACUUUUUUUUCCUCACAUAAAUGCAAUUGAGAAGAGUGA